AUGCAGCGGCUGCGGAUCCGGCGCAUUGAGGAGAAAUCCCUUGAGCUCUGCGGCGGCGGCGGCGGCGGUGGCGGCGGCGGUGGCGCGCAGCAGCCGUCCCCGGCACGGAUUCCGAUCACAAUCAUCACCGGCUUCCUCGGCAGCGGCAAGACGACACUGGUCAACCGCAUCCUGACGGGCGACCACGGCCACCGCGUCCUCGUCAUCGAGAACGAGAUCGGCGCCAUCUCGAUCGACCACCAUCUCAUCGACGAGGAGCGCUCGGCCGCCGCCUCGGCGAGCAGCGCGGGCGUCGUGGUGCUCAAGAACGGGUGCAUGUGCUGCAGCGGCGAGACGCCCGGCUCCGAGCUCGAGCGCGUGCUCGACAAGCUCCUCGAGAUCGGAAUGGCCGCCGGUGCGAUCCUGCCGUUUGACUACGUGCUGAUCGAGACGAGCGGGCUUGCCGACCCGGGUCCGCUCAUGCAGGUGCUGUGGCGGCGCGAGAUGGCGACGUCGGGCUUCUACCUCGACGGCGUGGUCAGCAUCGUCGACGCCGCGCACGCGAUGCGCCACCUGCGGCCGGCCGAGGCGGAGAAGCAGGUCGCAGUCUCCGACCUCGUCGACCUCUCCGACAGCCCGGGCGCCUUGGAGGACGUCUCGCGCGCGGUCGAGGCCCUCAACGCCACCGCGCCGCAGCUGCGCACCUCGCACGCCCUCGUCGGCGCCGCCACGCUGCUGCACCUCCGCGCGUAUGCGUCCGACUCGGCGCUGGAGCUGCGGCGAGCGGCGGCGGGCGGCGCCGCCUCGCACAGCCCGUACGUCUCGUGCGUCAGCCUCGAGUCGCGCGCGCCCCUCCGCCUCGACGCACUGCAGAGCUGGCUCCGCGCACUCGCCGAGGAUCGGUCCGACGACGUGUACCGCAUCAAGGGCGUGCUCGCGCUGCGCGGCGAGCCGCGCCGCUUCAUCGUGCACGGCGUGCACGCGCAGAUCCACGGCUUUGCCGGCUCCGAGUGGCGCGACGGCGAGCCGCGCGCCUCGAGCCUGGUCGUCAUCGGGCACCGCCUCGAGGGGCUGCGGUUGGACGAGUCGUUUGCUGCGUGCGCUUCCGAUGGCGAGUCGCAGUCGGCGCUGACGGACGCGGGGGAGUGCGCGCCGUGCGAGGAGGAGGAGGCGGCGGCGGAGGGAAAGAAGAGGUUAUAG